AUGAAAGUAUAUUUGCCUUCAUAUGUGGUGUUCCCAGCGAAGAAAAAUCUAACAUUUGAUGCUCAAGUCGAAAUUGGCCUUGACAUAGCUGAAACAACUGGCAAGAUCGUGCUGAACAUGAAGGAUCUCAAAGUAAAAAGAGCUGAGCUUUUUGUGAAUGGUAGCCAUGUUGGCGUUGAGAGAAUAGUCCUGCUGAACAAGUCAGAGAUGAUCAAAAUCUUACCUACAGUUUGCCUUCAUAAAGGAGACAAAGUUGCUUUGAAGUUGACGUACACCGGAACAAUCAAAGCGAAUGUAGACGAAGGACUGCAUCAGACAGCCUAUUUUGAAAAGGAUGGGGUUGCAAAGGUAGCUGUUUCUACCCACUUGGAACCCACUCACGCUCGUAAAAUGGUGCCAUGCUUUGACGAACCUGAGUUCAAAGCUUGUUGGAAUGUAACAAUAAUUCAUCCCAGAGAGACUAAGGCAAUUUCGAAUAUGAAUGAAGAAAAAAGAACAGUGGUAGGAGAAUGGAUGAUAACUAAAUUUGCUCGAACGCCUCUUAUGUCAUCAUAUCUUCUCGCAAUCGUGGUUUCGGAAUUCGUGUACAUUCAGGAUUACACCAAAUCAGGAGUGCUGCUCCGUGUAUGGUCAAGAAAGGAAACUGUAGAGCUGGCACACUUUGCACUUCAAGCUGGAAUAAAGUGCUUGGACUUCUACGAAAAACUCCUCAACUACAAAUUUCCUCUUGAGAAAUUGGAUAUGGUAGCUUUGCCCACUUUCAAAGCAGGAGCUAUGGAAAACUGGGGUUUGAUGAUGUUCAGCGAAAGCAAUCUUCUUUACGAUAGACAUUUACAUGACCUGAAUGACAAGCUCAGGAUUGUGAGAGUCAUUGCUCACGAACUUGCGCAUCAGUGGUUUGGCAAUUUGAUAACAAUGAAAUGGUGGGAAGAUGUGUGGCUUAACGAGGGCUUCAGUACUUAUUUCGAGUUUCUUGGAGCAGAUCAAUUAAGCAAGUCGAUGAGAAUGGAGGAUUUUCGCAUAGUGGAUUCUGUAGAGCUGAGCUUGACUACAGAUUCUUCUGGAAGUCAUCCGCUUUUAUUUGCAUUAGACAGAAUUGACGAUUUGCCAAGUUUAUUUGACGAUAUAACUUACGAUAAAGGAGGCGCGAUAUUGAAGAUGGUUGCGACUGUAGUAGGACGUGAUAAUUUCCUAAAGAGCAUUCACCAUUAUAUCAACAAAUUUGCAUAUAGCACUGCUAAAACCAGGGAUUUUGAAAUUGCUUUAAAUGAAGCUAUUGGCGGACUCGAAGGUUUUACCGGCAGCCUAAAAAUGGGCGAUUUUGUAGAUCAAUGGGCGACACAGUCAGGAUAUCCGCUUGUGACGGUGGAAUCGUUCAAUGGAACUCAUGUCAAAAUAAGACAGGAACUUUUUCGAACUGACAUUACGGCUCAACCUCCCAAAAGAUACCAGUGGGAUGUACCCAUUUGGUACCGCGAUGGCUCAUCUUCAGUGAAAUUUCAAUGGCUUAAAAGAGGUGAACCCUUGUACCUCAAGUUGGCCCAACACGAGCACCCCAUCAUCAUCAAUGCCGGAAGAAAUGGCUACUACCGUCAAAACUACGACAUAGAAGGAUGGCGCAAAAUAUCAAAGCAACUCAGAGUUGACCAUAAGAAGUACAGUGCAUUCACUAGGAACGCGAUUUUGAGCGAUGCAUUCGCAGCUGCACGGAUUGGCAAAAUCCCUUAUGAAAUUGUGUUCGAGCUGCUCAAGUAUAUGGAAGCGGAGAAGGAGUAUCUUCCAUGGAGAGCAGCAAUUGAUGGGAUUUCUGAAGUGUUAAGUUACCUCAGAGACUUGCCGGAAUCAGAAUAUCUUGAACGGUUUAUGCUCAACCUGUUAGAGCCUCUCUAUCGAAACUGCAGUCUUGGCAGCAUCGCAAGCAAAUUUGAAAACGAAGGGUUUUUUGCGGAAGUGUUUUUCGAGCGGUACGUAAUAAACACUUUCUGCAAACUCGGAUCGAUUGAAUGCAAAGCAAAUUAUAGAAACCUCUUUGAAGACGAAAUCGUUGCUCCGUGUGACAGUCUUGAUGCACCUAGUCAAUGUGCUACCGUUGCUGCUCCACUUCGAGCCAGCACGUAUUGCUACGGGGUGGAAGAAGGGGGUGACACUGCUUUGGAAAAGGUGAAGCAUUUCUACAUGGGUGAGAAUGUACAAGUGGAAAAAGACCGCCUGUUGAAUGCUCUAGGAUGCCAGAAAAAAGUUCCUACGCUAAAAAAAUGGCUUCUUCACUCUCUUCUCAGUGAAAAUGUUUCAUUUUCACAUACAGAGAUUAGGAGUAUAAUAUUAAGCAUGAAACAUAAUCGAGCUGGACCGAAAGCCAUAUUCGAAUUUUUGGUUGAAAAUAGGAGCUUUAUAUGUGACAGGAAGAUGCAACAACGCGAGAAUAUUGAGCUAUUUCUUUCAUCAGCAAUACUUGCCGUGCAUUCAAAACAGCAAAUCGAGCAGCUCAUGUUGCUCGAGAAGAGUCUCAAAUGUGCAAAGGAGUUCGGGUUUGCCCAAGCAAUAACGAACGCGGAACGAAGGAUUAAAUGGUUGAACAAGCACUUGAGAGGACUGUCAAAAUUUUUGAAAAGCGCAACGCAUCCUUAAAUUUUGUUCCAAAACGUAGCACAUUUAAUUGAUGGAGUGACCCAAGUAUGAUGAUAUUAUAUUUUUGAGUUUCUUAGAGGA